UAACCCUCACCCACCUACCUACCUAGCUAGCGACCCUGCCAGACGCCCGUUUCAUAGCAUCUUUCUUUCCCCCCUAGCACCCCAAUAGCCGCCUCCGUUACCAAACCCCAGCUCGGUACUUCCCUUGUCCUUUACGGAGCUUUUAUAAAGUCUAUGCGAUCAACCAAGCAUAACCUAUCCCGCAUUUACACGGGAGGGAGCUUUCGGCUCUUGUCAUCCACUCUGGUCCAGACCGUUUUGUAGAAGGCAGGGUAGUCCUUGUCUUUUUCUCAUAUCUCUUCAUGUUUCUACCUCCUUGAUGAAGCUCAAACCUCCGAGUUGAGCGAAGCGUGGGGGGGGGGGACCGGAACCAUAUGAUAUCCCCCUUGGUAAGAACUAGAAUGUUUUGAUAAAGGGAAGGUUUCAGUUGGCUGAGGGGGAGGAGGUGAUCACCCAUUCAUUCAUUCAUUCGUUCGUUCACUCUUUUUACCCGCCCGCCCGCCAGCCAAGAUAUAGGCUGACCAGGUGAUGGGUGAUGGUAUAGCAUGAAAUCUCUGGGGUGUUGUUGUGUUCUCUCAAAACGGAAACGAAAAAUGUCGUGAUCCCGUGUCUUAUAGCUCCAACUUGCCCAAUUUUUCUUCUCCCUGGCGUGUGAUGUUUUAAUCUCCUCCUCACCUUUUUCUGUUGUGGCUGGGACAUCAAAAUUGACCAUGACGAGGGCAUCAUCAUCAUGACAUUUUUCUUUUCGAUAUAAUUUUGUGAGUAAUGUAACAGAUGACAGGUCAUCAUGGACCCUUCCCAACCAACACCACCACCGCUAGAGGCGGACCUCUCCCUCGGCCCCGUCCUCCUUUCCUUCUCGCUGGCAACAGCAGCAUCCGCCUUCUCAACAACAUUUGUGCGAUUCUUUUGCCUUCCACGACAACGCAGAGCUGGGAAUGGUAGAUACAAGGCUGACGACUGGGGAAGCCUCAUCGCCACGCUAGUAGCCCUCAUCUCGACAAGCUUCACCCUCGUAGAGUCCACCACCUCUUCCCCCGUCCGGGCACUUGAAUACGACGUUCUGGGCCGGCCGUGGUAUCUCAUGAGUGUCACCUUCAGCAAGAUAGCCAUCUGUCUUGUCUACAUGAGGGUUCUUUCCGGGAAGGGGAGCCAAUGGAGGUUUUUGUUAGGGGGGUUGGUGCUCGUUAUGGCCGUGGUGAAUUUUGCUUUCGCCUUGACGGUGAACUUGCAGUGUAGACCGCUCGAAAAGAUCUGGAGGUGGGGGGAGGUGGAGGGGAGUUGCUGGGACGUGGGUGUGCAGAGGGAUUUUGGGUUUUUCCAGGGGGCUUUUGGGGUUUUUACUUGGUUUUUCUUGGGGGGGUUCUCGGUUGUAAUUUUUGGCAUGGGUUUGGGGGAUGGGAACACGGGGUGGGAGUAUUGGGGUGCGUUUGGGGUUUCUUCUGCGUCGGGAAUCUUCGCCAUUGUCGGGACAGCAAGGACGGCACAAACAAGCGGGCUGGGAGUUUACACCCCCGAUCACUCCUACGCCAGCCUCAUGGCGACCCUGGAGCAAAAUCUGGGUCUGGUCGCGGCCAAUAUAUUAACCUUUGGGACGCUGUUUGCCUCACGCCGGAAGGGGUCCAGGCGGAGGACUCCAUUCCAGAGCACCUCCUCCGCGGGCACAUCAAGGAGCAGAAAGACAGGCAAGUCCUCGUCAAGCAGAGCGGGGAGCAUCACUCGAACCAUCACCCGUGCCUCCUCCCGCGCCAGCUCCCACAAAUCACUCCACAGCAACAGCACAGCAGCCGAAGUGUCAAACGGACACAACAGACAGGGGCACUCCGCCAGCGUGAGCAGCCUGGGGAGUUUCUUCCGGGCUGAUAACAACAACAACGACAACAAGAACAACAACAACAACAACAACAAUAACCACGACAAGUACGACGAUGACAGGCAUAGCAGUAGCGAUGAUGAAGGGACUUACUUUGAGGGCGAGGAGAUCGACCUCGAGUCGGGGAAUUGGUGGCCGAGGGGGAUCAUCAAGACUGUGAGUGUGGAGGUCGUGGAGGAGGUCAACGUUGAUUACGUGCCGGAUCGUGCUGCUGGGGAAGCAUCAUCAUCGUCCGGUAGUGGUGGGGGGGCAACGCGCGGUGAGGGCUCAAGAAGGGGAGCCAGAAACUCGGUGGUUAUCGUUCAACCCCCAAAGGCGAGGGUCAAGAGGGGAAGUGUUGCUUUUGACGAUCGGGCAGAGGAAAGCGAGGAGAUGGCCGAUUGGGAGGUUAUGAUCAGGGGAGGGCCGGCGAGGUAA